AUGCUGAUGCAUGGCAAUUGCAAUGACAGAACUGUUCCGCCUUUGGCAACGGCGGCAUCAGCGCCCCUCGACUUCGAGCCCUGUGGGCAAGGCGCUGCGAGCGAACCUCUGGUUCCGCCGGAAGACGCGCCCGAUCCUUCCGCUGUUGCAUCCGAAGCCGACUCGGCAGCGGACCCCGGGCAAGGCUUCGAGUCUUCGAUGUACGAGAUCGACCUCGAGGCUGAUCCAUUAGCUAACCCAAGCAGCUCAGCGGGAGCGACGGAGUGGGGUUUCGAGUUCUUCUCUCGAUUCACGCCCCGCGUUGCGGAAGCCCCUAGUGCGGAGCAGAUAACCCACGACCUUAAGUCCCUGCUCACGGAGAUAGAAGCCGGGCCAGAAGUUAACGCAAUGCAGGAGAGCGAGCUGUCAGCCUGGAGUACUGCCCAGUGCGACCCCAAAAAGCUAGAAAGGGUACGGCUAAUGCUGAGGAGAACGGUAGGGGAGUCAAAAGUCGAAGAAUGGCUCUCGGGAGAAGUGCCGCACCCGGUGGAGUUUCCUAACCACCGUUCGUUUUACGAGAACGCCGAGUUUGGGAUCAAGACGGUCGGGGAGAUGUUAGUCAACAAUUCGGUCGCGCUUUGCGCACCCAGCCAGCGUAAACCAAAGGUCGUUAACCCAUUGGGGGUUGUCAAUCUUCCCCAAGGCCGCCUCGUCCUCGACGCGGGCUACAUCAACGCGUUCUCCAAGCAGCACCCGUUCAAAUACGAAACCCUGCGCGACAUCUUAACCUUCCUGGCAGCCAACGGCUUUUUCUCGACGUGGGACUUCAAGGCGGGUUAUUACCACGUCCUAAUCCACCCCCGUUACCGGACGUACUUCGGCUUCAAAAUCGGAAGUGCCUACUUCCAGUACAAUGCUAUGUGCUUCCGAUGGUCCGAAGCAUGCUAUGCCUACACGCUCAUCACCCAAGAAGCCGCCAAGGAGCUCCGUGUCCGGGGUGUCCCCGUGUCUAGUUACCUAGACGACGGCUUAACCGGCGACUUGAGCUUUGCUCUCUGCCUCUGGUUGAUCGUCAUGAUCAUCCGCUUCCUUACCCUGUUGGGGGCGGUCUUUAGCCUGCCCAAGUGCCAGUUCUGGCCGUCCCAAACCGGCAACUGGCUCGGGUUUGUUGUAGACACCCAAGCCCAGCAGUUCCGCGUCUCGGAGGCGAAGUUAGCCAAGGUAAAAGUGGUCCUGUCGGAGCUCAUCGACUCGGCUGACGUCAGCACCCGUCUCCUCGCGAAGGUCGCAGGGAAGAUCAUCGCUAUGGGGCCCGCGGUACUGCCGGCCUCCUUAUACAGUCGCCCCCUGUUCCAGGCGAUGCAGGGCCGUCUCUCUUGGGACUCAAUUUUCCCAACGCCUAUGGCGGCCAAGAACGCAGCCCGUCUCUUCUUGGAGCGGCUAGAUAGCUGGAACGGAAGGCGUUGGUUUCCGCGCCGCGUCCUGAUUGAAGCAGCUUCGGACGCCUCGGUGUGA